AUCCAGGAACUAUUACAUGAAUAUAAUAGACCAGCACUUUUCUAUUUAUGAAGAGAAUAUGAAAUUUAAAAAUGAACAGAAAGCAAAAGAGAAAAGAAAACUUGAAGAACUUCAAAGGAGAAAACAAGAUUAUCAACGAAAAGAAAUUGAAGAAGAAUAAACAGAAGAAAAGAAGAAGAAAUCAGCUGAAAAAAGAUAAAGUGAAAAAGAGAGAUAAAAGCCAUGAUAGCAGUGGGGAAAGGGAACACUUGGAUUCAACAGGAAGUACAGGAUUCGAUAUCAAUGCAAGUCCUUCUAUACCCGUUUCCCUCAUUGAAUUCAACACCAAGUCCCAGAGAUUUGUAUACAGAGGAAAAUGUGUUGAUAAAUUGCCAAGUGGGUGUGUUGUUCAUAUUGGUAUUGAUAAAGAAUCGGGAAAUCCUUUUGCUAUCCAUGAGUGGACAAUACCAUGCCCUGCUCGAAAGAAAUAUUUAACAAAUGCUGAACAAGCGAAAGUUUCAAAAUAUUUGAAAAUAAUCAAGGGAGUUGAACAUGAGUUGCAUUCGUUGCUUAAAUUGAAUCACGCAAAUCUGGUCAGCUAUUGUGCAAUCCGUUAUAUUGAAGAAGUUGAACAUAUACAGGUUGAUGUUUUACAAGAAUUUGUUGCAGGUACAAAUCUUGAAUCAAAAAUUUUCAGUAGCGAAUCAGUUUCAUUGAGCGAAGUAAGAGUGAUCACUGAACAACUGUUAAAUGCAUUGGAUUAUCUUCACUCACAUUCAGUAGUGCAUAAAAAUUUGAAGGCUUCUAGUGUGACUCUCGAUUCUAGAGGCAUGGUCCGGUUAACUGACUAUAGUAUUGAAAAAAGACUUGCUGACUUAUACAAAGAAUCUCAUAUUGAACAGCCAGGUGUAACAUUUAUAGAUGACCCAAUUCCUGCUAGAAAUAGUAAAAAGGGAGACAUUCUGAAAUUGGGAAUGCUCAUCUUAUCUUUGGUGCAAGGACAACAUAUUAAGGAGUAUCCUCCUGAUAUUCCGAAUAAGUUGCCAUCAGUAUUUCAAGAUUUUUUGAACAAAUGUUUAGCAGUCGAAGAUAGAUUAAGAAUGACAGCUUCUGAAUUACUUGAUCACAAUUUUCUUAAGCCGAGCAUCAGUGAAAAUUUGGAAAUAGGUUUCGAUCAUAAGAAUGGUUUAGAUGAAAAUAUUCCAUCUCCAAACAACGAUUCAUAUUUUGAUCAACUCAAUGAUGAUCUCACCACUUAUCCUAUUCCUCCUACUAUGUUGUCAAGAAUUCAUUCAGAAUUUGAAGAACUACAAUGGUUGGGUAAAGGUGGAUUCGGUGAUGUUGUUCAGGUUCGAAACAAGCUUGAUGGCCGUUAUUAUGCUAUUAAGCGUAUUCUUCUUGAUCCAAGAAAUGCUCAAUUUAAUAAGAAAAUCAAGAGAGAAGUAAAACAUUUGUCGAGACUAAAUCAUGAAAAUGUUGUCAGAUACUACAAUUCAUGGAUCGAAACAUUAUUGAACCCAGAUUCUAAUUCGUCAGAAACAACAUCAAGUAUAAAUACAACAUCUAAAACAAGCGAUCUCAAUAACUACGUUAAUUCAUUGGGAUUGAUGGAUGAUGUUGAACAGCAUGCACCUCCACCUGUAGGACAUAGUUUUUCUGAUUGGGAAUCUGUCGGGAAUUAUAGUUUUAAUCAAGAUGAAGAUGAUGAUGAUGAGGAGGAAGAAGAUGUUUUCAACAAUAUAUUGAGAUAUGAAUCUGAAGAUGAAGAGAGUGUGAUGUUUGAAGGAGAAAAUGGGAAAGACAAAACUAAUCAUCCAACUUCACCAUCUACCAAUGAUCAACAAAAUACAGAAACGACUGAUUCUAGUCUUGGAAGUAUUCCAAAAUGUUACCUGUAUAUUCAGAUGGAAUAUUGUGAGAAAAGUACGUUACGUGAAGCGAUAGACAAAGGUUUAUGGGAUGAUAAGUCAAGAGUGUGGGAAUUGUUUAGAGAGACAUUGGAUGGUUUAGUCCACAUACAUGAGCAAGGAAUGAUUCACAGAGACUUGAAACCUCAGAAUAUAUUUCUUGAUCUGUAUAAUCAUAUUAAAAUCGGAGAUUUUGGAUUGGCAACAUCACACACUCGUGAAGCUGCAGAGGUAACCAGCAUACUUGAUCUUGCAAAUUCAAAAUCAGAAGGUGGAGAUAGUGCUCUCACUGGUAGAGUUGGUACUGCCUUAUAUGUUGCUCCUGAACUGAAUAAAAUAGGCUCAAGGACAAUUUAUAAUCAAAAAGUUGACAUGUAUAGUCUUGGUAUCAUAUUUUUUGAAAUGUGUUACGCUGGAUUGCAGACGAAAAUGGAAAGAGUUAAAGUUUUGGGAAACAUGAGACUGGAAGAGAUCAAGUUUCCUGAUGAUUUUGAUGACAUGCAUGCAAUGCAUAACGAAGCACAGAUUAUUAAAUGGUGUUUAAAUCACUCUUCUGAUAAACGACCAACUGCAGCCGAACUUCUACGAAGUCCAUUGGUACCAGGUCCAGCGUUGGAAAAAACUUACGUUGUCAAAUCUGUGCGUCAAGCGCUUCAGGAUCCACAUUCUGCACCGCAUAGAUUAUUGAUGGAAGAACUUUUUGCUCGUCCCGAUAAUAGAAAUGAUGAUAUAUUCUAUGACAUUGAUUUGCACAAGGGCCAAUAUAUUUCUGCGCAACACUUGAUGCAAGAUUACGUUCAUUCCACUGUCAUCACAAUAUUGAAACGUCACGGUGCAGUAAAAAUCACUCCACCACUUCUCACUCCGAGAAAACGAAUAAAAAUCGAAGAAGAUGAGGAUGAGGAGAAUGAAGCACCUCAAAUGAGAGAAUCGGAAGGUCCUUCCGCUGCUACUUUUAUUGAUACAAGUGGAGCUAUUGUGACAUUGCCAUAUGAUUUAAGGGUGCCGUUUGCUAGAUACAUUGGUCGCAAUGGAAUAUACAGUCUGAAAAGAUAUGCAAUCGAGAAAGUUUAUCGUAAAGUAAAAAUUCAUCGUUCUCAUCCGAAAGAACUUUGGGAAUGUGCUUUUGAUAUUGUUACUCCCACUGUCUGUAGUCUUAUUCCUGAUGCUGAAGGAAUUUGUGCAGUUUCAGAAAUCAUAUCUUCAUUUCCGGUACUUGGUAAGCGUUCGUAUCAAAUCACUGUCAAUCACACCAUAUUGUUACUCGCUAUAUUUGCUUAUUCUGGAAUAUCGAUCAAUAAAUAUGAUUCAGUAAAACGAGUGCUCACUGAAGCCAAAAUGGAAAAGCUGAAUAAGACACAGCUGGAAGCUCGUUUAUUAGAUCUUUCUCUCACAAGUCAACAAAUAUCAACAUUGUAUUCAUUCAUUGGUCAACAAGGUCCAUUGUCAAAGAUUCAAACUUUAUUGAAAACACUAACAAGAAAUAAACAGUCACCUAUUUCAUCACUAGCUAGACAGGGUUUACAUGAACUUGAUGCUUUGAGAAAAAAUUUAGAGGCUUUUGGUGUUCGAUUGCCAGUUGUUGUUCAUCUUGGAUUUGUGCAUAACUUACAUCAAUAUUCGGGAGUAAUAUUUCAGGUGUCAACUGAAAUAAGGAAACAAAAGAAAAUAAUGAAUGAAGUUAUCGCUGCUGGUGGUCGUUAUGACGAUCUUGUUCAACGUUUAUCGAUUCCGCAACUCAAUCAUGUUGGUGCUCUGAAACCCCAUGAUAAUGAUGGUGCAUCACAUGCUACAACAACUAAAAAGCAUUGUGCUUUUGGUGUCAGUGUGGCUAUUGAAAGAAUUGUAAUGGCAAAUCUUGCUGAACAUCAAAGUGGGUCAAAGUCUUCCAUGUCAUUGAUGCAAAAUAAUACAGAACCUUCUUCUCAUUCUCAACAUAAUUCCCAACUAUUAAGCAAUAUUGAUGUUCUUGUUGCUGUGAUGGGAAGAAGUCAGUUGUUUCAGGAGAGAAUUCGGAUAUUAAAACAAUUAUGGGAUGCUGGAAUAAGAGCUGAAAUGACAUUAGAAGGAACGGGAUCUGAUGCAGAUUCAUUGGAAAUACUUCAGGAAAUAGCUGUGAAGCGAUCAGUAAGCCAUCUUGUGGUUUUGAAAGAUAAAGAUGCAUUGAUAAAAGUUCGUUCCUGUGAUCAAGUACAAGGAUUCACAAAACAACAAGAGAAAAGUUUACGUUCAGAUGAACUUGUUGAUUACCUACUUCGAAAAAUCAAAGAAUCUGAAGAAGGAUACGUUCCACAGAGACAUAGUAUUGAUCAUUCUGCCACUGUAAAUGCAACAACUUCAUCUGAUAUUCCACAAUCUACUGCUACGAAGGCUCAAUACCAUCGACUAAAUAUUGAAGUUUUGCCUCCUGAUAAGUUGGCAUAUAAUAUAAAGAAACGUUACGAAUCACAAGCCUAUUCAAGACUUACUCAACUACCUAUUCUGCAACAUAUUUCGGGAAAAGCAGAAGUUUAUGCUCUUGCGGUCGAUCUUCCAACCAGUGCAUUGAAAACUCUUGUUCAAGGUUUGGAAACGGGACGAGGUGAAGAAGAAUUUAAUACAAGUGUAGCCGCCAUUAUUUCACAGUUGCCAAAAUAUAAAAAGUAUUUUGCAAAGAUCACGGAAAUGAUUUCUGAAGCAAGGUUUUUUAAAGAGGUUCCACUCAUCAUUUUAUACAGUUAUAAGGAUGAUAUUUACAGAUUAUUAUCAUGAACCACUCUUCUGACAGCAACUUGUAUUUGCUGUCUUGCAACUUGCAGUGUUGUUCGUUCUACCAAAAUAUUUUUUUGAUUUUAGUUAGCAGAAAUGUAGAAUUAUUGGGACCAAGUUUGUCCAUCGCUUUGUAGCAGCACACUACCCAAUCUCUGUAUAGUCGCGUUUUUUAAUUUGCUUCCAUAAUUUAUUACCGGUCAACAAAAUCGAUGACAGCUGCUGAUUGCCUUUUAAAAGCGUCUAAUAUACACAGAUUUCUCAAUGAAGAAGGGCAUUGUUUUCAUUAUAUUCAGAAUAAUAAUGUUCCGAAUCACCCCAUAUUAAGAAUGUUUGGACUGCUCAAUGUUGAACUGCUCACAUGAACUUCUACUUUUAAAAUGGUUAAUUUCCAUUUUUCGAAGUUAAUGUUGUACAUUGGUUGGUGAGCACAACUCACUCACAUAGACUAGGAUUUUCUCCAUGACAAAUUGUUGUCUGAUGGUCUAAAUCUAAAAUAAUCAAACUUGCUUGACUCCUCAUACUCUAGAAAAUUACACUCAGCUGUUUAUGUUACAACGCCAUAUCAUUUUUACUCUUUGCCAAUCAUACGUUUAUUAUGCAUUAUCUUCUUCAUAAGUUUGCACUUUAUAAAUAAAUUAUAAACUUCGA